AUUACUUUAAAUUCAGACCAAAAGUUUAAACUGGUUUUAUGGCAUUUAUCCCAAUCAAUCAUAAAGUGUCAAAUCCAGUUGUUACAACAUUCGGUGAUAGUUUGCAAGCUGUUAUGACCACGAACUCCCCAUCGAGGCUACUUGCUAUGAAAUUUUAUGGUGCUAAUGGUGUUGAAUUCGGUGAUUUGGCCAAGCAAAAGAUCGAAUCUUAUACCUUUCAAGGAUUCUCUUUAUUUCCUAUUUGUAUAGCCAAGAACAUAAUGAUAAUGAGCUUAGAUGGAUAAGAGGAGGGAUGUUUGGACGAGAAUGUCAUUAGGAAAUAGUACGUUUUAUAUAGCCAGCGGACAGCUCACCUAUUUCACAACACCUUAUACCAAAGGAACUAAAGAUGUUUCUUGUUUAUACU